AAAUGCAAGUGAUGCAUGUAUUUGUCAAAUUUAGUGAAUGUUAAAGCUUUUCAGGUCACAUAUCUAGAACCUGGUCAGAGCUGUGAAGUUGAAGCAAGAAAUGCUUCAAAAACCAGAAUUCAGGCCACUGCCGGUCCAGUUCUUGGUCCACCUUGGCAACGUCCUGAGAAUGGGUAUCUUGUCGGUUCACCACAGGGCGAGAUUACGCUUUACUAUGAACCCCACUGUGUUUACAACAAGAAUUUUCUUGAGAAGGAACAGGCUGACAUUGUUAUUACCCCUGUCAUUAAGCAGCUUCUUCCUAAUUUUACUUUGGUUUCAGGACAAGAAGAUGCAGUUCAAUUGGCUAAAGUUUUGAAUGCUAAGUAUAUUGUACCGAUGAGAAAUGGGGAUCUCGAUGCCAAAGGAUUUCUGUCCAGUCUAAUUCAAUCUGAAGGAACAUUUGAGUCAUUUAAGGUAUGGCUAAUUUCUUUAUUCACUGUGAAAUAGAUGAGUCAAGGUUCCAAAUAAACACAUAUGACAUGCAUGCAUGAGUGCAUGUGUGCAUGCAAACACAUUGAUAAUGUGGAUAUACUUAAUGUAUAUGUUUGAGUCCUUCAUUCAUUGGUGCAGAAUGAAUGGGUAAGAUACCACGCCACCUAUGUGUACUGAUAAU